GCUUUUGGAUCCCUUGCUUUGUGCAUUUUUUGCCACAUUUUUCGUAGGGUAAUUUAACAUUUGUUGAGUUUUUGGAUCGCUGUUACGAACUUUUGUGAUGUUGUGGAAUACGUCGACGGUCUGAAGUUUUUCGGCCUGGUUUGUAUCUUCUUUGGCGGAACUGUAGUUUUAAGGUUGGGCUUGAUGGUUUUGAUACCAAUUUUGAGUUGGUUUUUGUUGGCGUUGUAAUUGGAGACGUGGGAGCAGUGGUGAAUAGGUCGUUUCUUGUAGUAUUUUUAUGGUAAUGCGUUCGUUCGGGAGCGUGCUGUGAAUUCUUGAAUGCGCUCUUGGGUUUUCUCUUGAUCGGGGAGUUUUUACUUGAGAACAGGAAACUUGCGAAGAUGUCGAUGGUUUUCGCUCCCCGCCUAGCUGAAAGUGCGCCCACUUCGCAUGUAGGCGCUUCAUGGAGCCCUUACGACAACAACGGAGGGACAUGUGUGGCUAUAGCUGGAGCAGAUUACUGCGUGAUAGCAGCUGAUACGAGGAUGUCUACUGGGUUCAGUAUUUUAACCCGGGAUUAUUCGAAAAUUCAUCAUAUAACGGAGAAAUGCGUUCUGGCUUCAUCUGGAUUUCAAGCAGAUGUCAGAUCGCUCCAAAAAAAUUUAGAUGCUCGGCAUCAGAUUUAUCAGCACCAGCAUAGCAAGCAGAUGAGCUGUCCAGCAAUGGCGCAGCUACUUUCAAAUACUUUAUAUUACAAGCGAUUUUUUCCGUACUAUUCAUUCAACGUGCUUGGUGGCUUGGACAAUGAAGGUAAAGGUUGCGUCUACACAUAUGACGCUGUUGGUUCUUACGAGCGUUCGGGAUAUAGUUCUCAAGGUUCUGGUCAGACACUUAUCAUGCCCGUCCUGGACAAUCAGCUGAAGUCUGCUAGCCCUCUUGUCCUGCCACCAAGAGAGUCAUCGACUCCCCUUACUGAGAGCGAGGCCGUGGAUCUGAUCAAGGACACUUUUGCCUCUGCUGCUGAGCGUGACAUUUAUACUGGUGAUGGUGUGGAGAUUGUGAUCAUUAACAAGGAAGGGAUCAGAAGGGAAACAAUGGCCCUCAAGCGCGACUAGGCUUCAUGUACGAAAUCUCAGUUCUUCCCUGGUUGGAUUAGUAACAGCAGGAAGUGUGAAUCCUGAUAGCAAAGAAUGGACAAACCCAGACAAGAACUGACAAGUUCGAAGGUUUUAGGUCAUUUUCUUGGUAUAGAAAAUAUUUGGAAAUACCACCCACUGCAUAAUCCGUCACACGUACAACCCUGUUAAAUUACGAUGUUAAUUAGAGGAGUCUUCCCUGUCACAUAUUGGGGUUUCUGAUUUUGCCUUA